CAACCAAAAAUGGCAGGUCAUAGCUUAGCUUUGAUUGCCAUUGUUUGUGUAUCCAUAGUGGCUGGUGCAAGAAAGAGCCCAGAAGAAUGUUUGAAAACACUUCCUGACACCAAGCAACUUUUCGAAGUUCUACCAGGAGUUGGAUGGGACAAUUUACAGAACACUGAGCAAUACAGAGUACUUGAUAUUUCUUACAAUGAAUGUCAAACAACUGCAGAUCGGAAAUUUCUGGUUCCAGAUGGAUUUACUGUUGAGCCAGUCAAAACUAGCGAAAUCAGUAUUUUUGCAGAUACUUUCAGUACCCACAACUCUUUUACUAGUGCAACGUCUGCAUCCGUUAACAAACAAUUUUGCGCCAGCGAUUCAACUUUGUUCGAAAAAUCGCAGAUAAGUGGUUCUUAUUCUAAUGACGCUCAAUUUUCAGUGAAUAAGCAACUUGAAACAAAUUCAACAUUGGUACGCGUUACUGCUAGUUUCCCACGUUACCGAAUUACAAUAAAAGAGGAUGCUCCUCUUGACCCUGUUUUUCGUAGACGGUUACAGAAAAUAGCAGCCAUGCUGGACACUAAUCAAGAUCAAAUGGCAACCUUCGAAUCAGAACUUUUGACUCGCGACUACGGUACACAUGUCUUGUCUGAUAUUUUGGUAGGUGGAUUACUAGUGAAAAAUGAUUACAUUAUAAAAUCAAGUGAAUCUAACACUGUUUCUGCUUCUGAUAGAAGUAGCAUGAAUUUUCAAGCAGGACAAUCUUUCAAUAACUUCUUUUUCAAGAAGGGAGCAGAAGGUAGAAGUUUUACACAAAACAAUUCAAAAUCUGUAUCUGACACCCAAAAAUACAUGAACAGUUUACAAUACUCAAAGGUUACCACAUAUGGUGGACCUGUAUUUAAUAUGGGACAAUUUAGUAUGGAGGACUGGGAAAAGGGACUCGAAUCUAAUUUAGUUGCGAUAGAUAGAAGCGGAAAAUCUCUUUUUGAUUUUAUCAAUCCAUACACGCUCCCAGAAAUGUCCCCGACAACAGUAUUUAAAGUAGAGAACCUCGCAUUGUUGUCGGCCUCGGGUUAUUAUAAACAUAAUUGCGUGUAUGGCUGCACCGAUCCAAAGGCAAUUAACUUCAAUAGCAAAGCAAAUAUAGAUGACGGGACCUGUGGAUUGAAAAGCGAUUCCUUCUCAUUCGGGGGAUUUUUUCAAACCUGUGAAGAGGGCGACGGUCAUUUGUGUGAUCAUUUCAGUUUUGUUAAUCCACGCACAAACCAAUAUUCUUGUCCUGCCGGGUAUAGAACAAAUCGUCUUUGGAAGGCGAAAAAAUCUUACGGGGCACUUUGUCGUGACAUGAAGGUUAAAAGUUUGUCUUGUUCAUUCUUGAAUCAUAAAAAUAUCAACGAAUAUACAGAGAUUGAAUAUUCCGUAUACUGGUGUUCUCCAAAUGUUCCACAAGGAAAACCACCACAAUCUUCAGGAUUUCUGUUCGGAGGAAUGUGGAACCCGUCUUACCAAAAAAAUCCAGUAACUGGUGGAAACUAUUGUCCAUGUGGAUUUUCUGAAGUUACCUUGGGAGUAGAUCUGAACCUGUGCUAUGGUAAUGAUGUUUCGGACAACAGACUCAAGGCCGUUACAUUUGGUGGCCUUUUCAGCUCCAUGUCUGGAAAUCCGCUUGCUGGACCUAGUCCUAAAAAUGACUCUGACAAUUCAAAUCAGUUCGCAGAAAAAUGUCCUAAGACAUUUUCCAAAUAUCUAGCAACAGUUGAUGAAAAUAUUGACAUCUAUUACUGCAGCGUUCAUAGAAAAGAUACAGUUUUUGAGACAAGAGAAGCUAUUCGACCACCUUUCAUGAAGAGACCUCUAAUCAAACCUUACGAAUUAACAAGUGCCAUGGUAAAAAUGACCGAUAUGGAAGCAGCAACUAUAAAACUGAUAUCGUUAAAAGGUUCUGACUCAAAGCUUACGGCAUUUGAAAAGGCUGAUCUUAAAUACCAACAAUUAAGCAAUGAGGUACCGGAUAACCAGAAUAAUGAUGGGUCCAACGGUCAGAGUAGCACGACAAUUAUAGUCGUGUCAACGAUUGCAGUUGGAGCGGUGAUGCUUGCUGCAAUUGUGCUGACCAUCUAUAUAAAGAAAAGACGAGGACAAAACGAAGAAUACACUCGAUUGGCAAAUAAUUUACCCAGCACCUAAACAGAAAAAAGGGUUUUAACAUCGAAACGGAUGCCUCCAAAAAGACCGAAGGACAUUUUUAACGAAAACAGACUGAUGAAAAAGUUGAUUUAUUUUGUGAUCCUUAUACGUAUAGUUAUAAUGAAAACAGAAAUAUUAAAUGUUUGCCUUAUGA